AUGGAAUAUCGCUAUUUGGGCAACUCUGGUCUCAAAGUGAGCAUCCUGUCUUUGGGAUCUUGGAUCACCUUUGGCGGCCAAAUUACACCUGAACAGACGACAGAGAUUGUAAAAACAGCCCUUGAGCUUGGUAUCAACCAUUUCGACGUUGCUGAAUCUCAUGCAGGUGGCCAAGGCGAGAUUGAUCUGGGUCUUGCUCUGCGUAACCAAAAAGGGCUCAAACGAUCCGACUUUGUCAUUUCCACUAAGGUGUUUUGGGGCGGAAAAGGCGCAAACGAUCGAGGCUUAUCACGAAAACAUGUGUUUGAGGGAACGGUCGCGUGCCUUCAACGACUGCAGCUGGACUAUGUCGAUAUUCUUUACGCACAACGACCAGACCCCGAUACCCCUAUGGAAGAAAUUGUGCGUGCCUUCAAUUGGUGCAUUGACAAGGGAAUGGCGCUCUACUGGGCAACUAGCGAAUGGCCACCUUACUUGAUCAUGGAAGCACAUGCUGUAGCCAACAAGUUACAAUUGAUUGCACCUAUCACUGAGUCUCCACAAUAUAACAUGCUGAAUCGAGAGCGCGUUGAGAAGGAUUAUUUGCCAUUGUAUCAAAAGUUCCGUAUGGGUACAUGCGUCUGGUCACCAUUGGCAUCGGGCUUGUUGACAGGCAAAUACAAUGAUGGAGUGAUCCCACCUUAUUCACGGCUUGCCAUACAAGAUCAUCCGGUCAUCAAUCGGUUACGUGCCGGCUUUUUCAGUGAAGAAGGAAGACGAAAAAUCGAAAAGGUCAAGCUUGUUUGUCAAAUAGCACAACGAUUAGGAUGUACACCUGCUCAACUUGCCAUUGCUUGGUGUUUAUGCAAUCCAAAUGUUACCAGUGUGAUUAUCGGCGCAUCCACGCCCGAUCAAGCCAAAGAGAACAUCAAUGCGCUCAAGAUCCGACAUCUAAUGACAGACGACGUAAUGAAGGAACUUGAUCAGAUACUUGGCAACAAACCUGAAGCCGUCUUUGAUUUUCGUAAAAGUUGA